UCUACCUAACACACAACACAAGAAAGAAUAUUAAUAAAACCAUUAACAAGAAACGAUGAAAAUUUGAGUUUGCUCCACCCUUUAAAGGAAAAAAACCCAAUCCCUCAGCAAUAUCAGAAAUCAAAGCUACUAAAAAAACCACAAACACCUACCCUUGUGACCUUUCUAGUAUUGCUCAACACACACUAACAACAACGGGCCACUCACUCCCAUCAAUCUCAUCACAUUCUCAACAUCAAUAAAUCUUCUUUUGCUUCACCAUUUGCAGAACAGCAACCCAGAUACACUAUUCCCAGACACACACACAGAAAAUCGAAACAAUUAACCUUGGAUCUGCAAAGCCAGCACCAGGGGCCAUGGAUUCAAAUAUUCAAGACUUUAUAGACACAUGUAACUCCGACAACACCUGCAACCUCAUCACCAAUACCACCACCACCAACUUAACCACAAGUGCUACCUCUUCCUCCGCUGCUUCCACCUCCAUCGCCAGCAGCAGCCGCUACGAGAACCAGAAACGCCGUGACUGGAACACCUUCGGUCAAUACCUCAAGAAUCACCGACCCCCUCUCUCCCUCUCAAGGUGUAGCGGUGCACACGUCCUUGAAUUCCUAAGGUACCUGGAUCAAUUUGGGAAGACGAAAGUGCACACACCGAUCUGCCCCUUUUACGGGCACCCGAACCCUCCAGCACCUUGUCCAUGUCCUCUUAGGCAAGCUUGGGGGAGCCUUGACGCUCUGAUUGGACGUUUGCGUGCAGCUUUUGAGGAAAAUGGUGGAAAGCCCGAGGCAAACCCAUUUGGAGCUCGAGCUGUGAGACUCUACCUUCGCGAGGUUCGUGAUCUGCAAUCCAAAGCAAGAGGAAUUAGUUACGAGAAGAAGAAAAGGAAGCGUCCACCACCUCAGCAACAACCCAUGCCACUGCCUCAUCAUUCUCUCCCUCCUCCAGGUGCAAGUGCAACUCAUUAGAGGAAUUCAAUUCUCACUCCAUGCCAAAUUCUACUCUUUUUCUCCCUGUCAAAACUUCUUCCUCCUCAACUGGGGUCUCUUCUUUUCAUCCAAAUAAGCUUUUAGAGUUAUGGUCUAAUUUAGUAUCACAACAUUUAGGGUUUUUUUUUUUCUUUCUUCUUUGUCAUUUUUUUUUUUUUGUGAAAGCUGCUAUAUCUGGUCUAUAUAGACUGUUUGUCUUUGGAUCCUGUUUGUUCAGGGAGAAGAAAAAGUUUAAAAUUAAAUUCUGGGAUAUCAUGCAUCUCUGCUUAAAAAGCAGACAGUGCGGUACUGGUAGUAGACUGAUAGUGCGUGGGAAGUACUGAAAAGUGGAAGUGAGACUGUGAGAGUGAAUGGAUAUACAUGGAAGCCAUGAUCCUUGUGAUGAGAAACCAAAAGUAUGGUAUUAUUAUUCAUAGUUCUACAUAUUUGUACUUUUCGAUGUUGUCAAGCUUAGACUUGUUUAUUAAUUAUGCGUCUUAAUUUUAUCAUGCUUAGCUUUUGGGAUAAAUAUUAUUUCAAUUUUCUAUUUUCCAAGGAUUCGAUUCUCCUACAUACAAAGUUGCUAACAAUUUCAUUCCACAA